CCGGAAGCAACCAUUUUCUGCAGAUGUUUUGAACCAAAAUCGUGCUAAAUCAAAACAUCUAAAUGUGAAAUCAAAUGUUUUAUUUUCUCAUGCAUUGGUUGGACAUUAUUUCUCUACUCUACCCGGCUUUUCUGUAAGUGUCUCGCCCAACGCGAUCCCCAGUCAUCAUGGACAGUGAGGUAUCAGCCCUCGACCCAGCCCCUGACAGACCUAUUGGACCUAUGAUGGAGGGGGGAAACGCACCUGUCUACUGUAUCUGUCGCAGACCUGACAUCAACUGCUUCAUGAUUGGUUGUGACUGCUGUAACGAGUGGUUUCAUGGUGACUGCAUCGGCAUAUCAGAGAAGGCAGCUAAAGUCAUCCGGGUGUGGUACUGUGGGAAAUGUCGUGCCAAAGACGGGACCCUGGAGAUAAAGUAUCGUCCCAAGAAGACCAAGGAGAAGACGGACAAGGAGACGGGAGACCGGGGGAAGAAGGAGACGGGAGACCAGGGGAAGAAGGAGACGGGAGACCAGGAGAAGAAGGAGACGGGAGACCAGGGGAAGAAGGAGACGGGAGACCAGGAGAAGAAGGAGACGGGAGACCAGGAGAAGAAGGAGACGGGAGACCGGGGGAAGAAGGAGACGGGAGACCAGGAGAAGAAGGAGACGGGAGACCAGGAGAAGACGGAGAAGGAGACGGGAGACCAGGAGGAGAAGGAGACGGGAGACCAGGAGGAGAAGGAGACGGGAGACCAGGAGAAGACGGAGAAGGAGACGGGAGACCAGGAGGAGACAGAGAAGCAGCAUCACACUCCAGACCUGAAUAUAGAACACCGCCGAGGUUCACGGGUGAAGCGUUCGGCCCGUAUGUGUGGAGAGUGUGAGCCGUGCAGGAGGACUGAGGACUGUGCUCAGUGUGAUUUCUGUAAAGACAUGAAGAAGUUUGGAGGACCCAAUAAGAUCAGACAGAAGUGCAGGCUCCGGCAGUGUGACGUUCGAGCUCGGAAAAUGCUUCGUGUAAAAGAUGAGGAGUUUGCCCUGUCUGGUCGGGGGGCCAGAGGGAGUCUGAGAAGAGGAGGGCCUCUGUUUGAUGACUACAGUGAGAAUGAGAUGGAGCUCUACCAGCAGUACAAGGCUGCAGGCUACGAGGAUAACAAUAUGCCAUGGCAUAGUGAUGAUGAGGAAGCGGCCUUUGACCCCGUGCAGCGGAAGAGGGCUGUGAAGGUCAAGCACGUCAAGAGACGAGAGAAGAGAUGGGACAAGAAGGACAAGAAAGAGAAAGAGGUGCGUCGCCACAAGCAGAAGCAGAAGUACCGUGAGCGACUGAAGCACAGUGAGAGGGGUGGCGGGGGCGGGGGCGGCGGCGAGGCUCGGGGGGACAGUGGUGGAGGAGGAGGGGGGAUGAGACAGUGUUUGGGACCAGGGUGCGUGGACGUCGCCAGGGCCGGCUCCAAAUACUGCUCAGAGGACUGCGGCAUGAAACUGGCUACCAAUCGUAUCUAUGAGAUCUUGCCUCAGAGAAUACAGCAGUGGCAGCAGUCUCCCUGUAUAGCCGAGGAGCAGGGCAAGAGGCUGCUGGAGCGAAUCAGGAGAGAUCAGCAGUCAGCCCGCCUGAGACUCACGGACAUGGAGAAACGCUUCCACGAGCUGGAGGGGAUCAUCGCCAAGGCUAAGCAACAGGUGGUGCAACAGGACGAAGAGGUGAAUGAGGCAGAAGGGGACACAGACACAGACCUGCAGAUAUUCUGCGUGUCCUGCAGUCACCCCGUCAACCCCAAGGUGGCGCUAAGACACAUGGAGAGAUGCUACGCUAAGUAUGAGAGCCAGACCUCCUUCGGCUCUAUGUACCCCACGCGCAUCGAAGGUGCAACCAGACUGUUCUGUGACGUAUACAACCCUCAGAGUAAAACCUACUGUAAGAGACUGCAGGUGUUGUGUCCUGAACACUCCAGAGACCCCAAGGUUACUGUGGACGAGGUCUGUGGCUGUCCCCUGGUGAGAGACGUCUUCCAGCCCACAGGAGAGUACUGCCGGGUGUCGAAGCGCAAGUGUAACAAGCAUUACUGCUGGGAGAAACUGAGGAGGGCUGAGGUGGACCUGGAGUGGUACAAGCUGGACGAGCUCUUUGAGCAGGAGAGGAACGUCCGAACAGCCAUGACCAAUAGAGCAGGUCUCCUGGCCCUCAUGCUGCACCAGACCAUCCAGCACGAUCCUGUUACCACCGACCUCCGCACCGCCAAGGAUAGGUAG